AUGAGGAUUCCCAGCCUCACAUGUUUGAUUUUCACCUUCAUUGUCUUCAAUACUUCUCAUGCAAAACAAACACAACCUAUUUCAGAUAUCCUCAGUGUUGAUCAUUUCCUGAACAAAAUAUAUCAAUGGAGAAAUGAAUUACAAGGAUUACAAAUCUCAGGCCCUAUGGUGGUGGCAGGAGUCUUGUGUUUCAUUGCUUCAUCUAUAUCAAGUGCUGGUGGUAUUGGUGGUGGAGGGCUUUUUAUUCCUAUACUAACUAUUGUGGCUGGUCUAGACCUCAAAACAGCUUCAGGCCUAUCAGCUUUCAUGGUCACAGGAGGGUCAAUUGCAAAUGUUAUGUGCAAUCUUUGUGCCACAUGUCCUAAAUUUGGAGGCAAGUCAUUGAUUGACUAUGACAUAGCACUUUUGUCAGAACCAUGUAUGUUGCUAGGAGUGAGUAUUGGAGUUAUAUGCAACCUUGUAUUCCCUGAAUGGUUGAUUACUACUAUAUUUGCCCUUUUUCUUACUUGGUCUACCUCAAAGACCUGCCACAGUGGAUUGCUUUUUUGGAAGAUUGAAUCGGAAAAGAUAAGGAAAAAUGGAUUUCAGGAACUUGAAAAUGGUACUACUGAAGAAAGUGAAGGGCUAGUUCAAGUGAACAAAGAAAAUGAAGGGUUGAAAAGUAUUGAAGAACAUCUUCUGGUUCCUGAAAAAAAUAUAAAAUUGAGUAUCCCAUGGUUGAAAUUGGUGGUUUUACUCUUGGUCUGGUUCUCUUUCUUCACCCUCUAUCUUCUUCGUGGCAACAAAUAUGGACAGAGUAUCAUUCCAAUGAAGCCAUGUGGUGUGGGAUACUGGAUUCUAUCAUCAGUUCAAAUCCCUCUUGCUUUAGUUUUCACUGCUUGGAUUGUAUUUAGAACAGAAAGCCAUCAAGACCAAAAUCUUAUGCAAGAGGGUCCAUGCCUAUCCAGAAAUGGACCAUCAAAUAAGCUUAUUUUUCCAGUGAUGGCAUUACUAGCAGGGAUAUUGGGUGGUGUCUUUGGAAUUGGAGGUGGAAUGCUGAUAAGUCCACUUCUCCUUCAGGUUGGAAUAGCUCCUGAGGUGACAGCAGCAACAUGUUGUUUCAUGGUUUUCUUCUCUUCUACCAUGUCAGCCUUGCAAUAUCUGUUGUUGGGCAUGGAACACAUAGAGACUGCCCUCAUCUUGGCCAUAAUAUGUUUUGUUGCAUCACUUCUUGGGUUAUUGGUGGUGCAGAAAGCAAUUCAAAACUAUGGAAGACCAUCCUUAAUAGUAUUUUCGGUUAGCAUAGUGAUGACUUUAAGUAUUGUUCUAAUGACUAGUUUCGGAGCCAUUGAAAUUUGGAGAGACUAUAUAUCAGGGAGAUACAUGGGAUUUAAGCUACCCUGUUGAAAAACAAUUUUGUUCAAUCAGUAUCUGAUUGUAUGCUAGUCUUUUAUCUCACUAGAAUUGCUUGUCUAUAUCAGAGUAUAUAGUUAUCAAAUUUUGGACCUUUUGU